GGGCGACUGUGGGGACGCCGGGCCGAGGGGGACGCGCGGGCGCAGGGCCGACCCCCGCGGGAAAAGGAGGGGAAGAGCCGCCCUUGGAGAGCGCAUGUGGCCCGCUUUCUUCUCCUCCUUCAUCCCCAAGAGCGUUCACCCCAGCCCCAGUCGGACUCGGAGCGGGGAAGAGGAAAGCCAAGGCCGAUCCUCCUCCUCCCGCGAAAGGCAUGAAAGGUGCCAGGAGCCGAUCCGCGGCGAAAUCUUCCUCCUCUUCGAAGAAGAAGCAGCGGCAGCAGGGCACCGACGAGGACGAGUCGGAGCCCGAGAAGAAGCCGGCGGGGAAAUCGGUGAAGAUCGAGGAGAGUGUGCGACGGAAGCGUCGAUAUGUGCGACAGCGGAAGCGGCGGAAUUCCGGUGCGACUGCGUCGAAAGGUAGGCCAAGUAAGAGGUUGCGAUCCCGCGUGGCGAGCCUCAAUGCCAGGGCCAUGGUGCAUUGUCUGUAUUACGAGAACGAGUGGCUUCGGAGCCCCGCGGGAUUGGGCUCCACUUCCGGGUCUUCGUCGGACAUGGGCUCCCCGCGGUCGGACUCGGCGGAAAGUUUCGCGUCGGGAAGUGCGGGGAAGAAGCGGAAGCCGAGCGGGGCCGAGAGGGCGAAGGACCCGGACGUGAAAAAAUCGGACGCUGCGAAGAGGUCCAAGGACCGAGAGCCGAAGAAGAAGACGUCGUCGGGCGGGAAAAAAGCGAAGAAAAAGGGGAAGAGCGAAGGACCCCCGAAAGUGAAGGACGAAGGCGAAAGGGCGCCGAAGAAAGGUCGGAAAAAAGAAGCGACGGCGCCGGUGCCCGUGCCGAAGAGAUUGGCGAGCCUGAACGCCUCGGCCAUCAUGGCGGCGAGUUACUCGACGGAGCCGCCGAAGAAGAAGUGGGCCGCCGAGGCCGCUCGCCGUCACAAGGAAGAAGCGAAGGAGAACGAAGAGAAGAAGAAGCCGGUGAAGAAGCGGAAGAUCCCCUCCCCCGACCACCAAGUCGGCCCCGGCGAGCCGAAGAAGCCGAAAUUGGAGGACGACGAGGAGGAGAAGGAGGAGAAGGAGGGGGAGGACGACGGGCUGGAGGUGAUCGACACGAGCGUCGGCGGGAACCACGUCUCCCUCCGGUCGCCCCGGAGCGUCGCCACCAUCAAGGCCGACUUCGGGCCCGUCGGCGUGAUCGUCGCCGACCACGACGUCACCAUCACCGGCGUGUACAUCAACGCCGCGACCACGACCGCCGCGAGCGGAAGCGUCCACGAGCCUCCACCGGAUCACCAUCACCGGAGUCCCCUGUGCCUCCAGGCUUACCACAUCUCCAGUCGGACCCGGAGCGCCCAGAUGCCGGAUGUCCCCGGAUCCGGUCACCUCACGACGGUCCGGGCCCAGAGUCAGACCGUCGUGGAGCAGACUUCUCGUCACCAGGCCGCUCCCAUCCAUCAUCCUCAGUAUGGAGUACGAGGGAUGGGAUACUCGCCGUUGGGUGCCUUAUGCAGCAUGGGGAUGCCACCGCCGCCUCCACCCCCGGUUGCGCCACCACCUCCAUCGUGCUUGCCUCAUCCCAGCGCCUUCGCUGCUCCCCUUCCGCACGAUCCCAUCUACCAUCCAGGGAUGUACCAGCCAGCGGGUCCGUUGAUACAGAACCCCGUUGCGGCAGGAGAUCCAGGGGCGAAAGGCGGGGUGUUGAAACCCGUCGCGCAACAUCCCCACAGCUCGGCUGGUUCGUCGCAGGCAUCGACCACGUCAUCCACGCUGCUGUCGUCAUCCUCCACCGUCACGUCCUCGGCGACGGGCACGACCUCAGCAUCUUCAAUGACUUCUGGGCUCGUAGUGGUGGCACCCACGGCAUCCAUUACGAGCACGGCCACCGUUCCCAGUGUGUUGACCCCCGCCCCAGCCUACUAUCCCCCACCCCCACAUGCUUACUGGAGAGACAGUUACCAGCCACAACCCCAUUAUUAUCAUCCCUUUCCAAAACCCUACUCAGGAUAUCAUCCAGCUCAGGGACACCUCUCUCAUCACAAGUACCCCCAUGCUUUCUACUCCACGACGAGCACCUACAGUCAAGAAUCGUCGUACAGCCCCUAUCAUUAUCCAACCGGUGGUGGGAAUCCUCCUGGUGUGCCGUUACAGAUGCCGCAGUAUAACCCGAUGUAUCCCCCUACUGCACAUCUCCCUCCGAACCCUUCUGAACACUACCCUCAAUGCCCUCCUGAAUACUCCUAUUCUUCUUACAAUGCACAAGUUAUGGGAGGUAGCAGUCCUUGUCCUUGCCCAAUGCAACCGUGUCCAAAAAACGUCCAUACUGGCCCCCUUACUGGUGAGACUCUCCCUCCGGGUCUCUGCCAGGGGGGGCCGGUACCCCAGGCACAACAAUCACAACCACAAACACCUCAAGCCCUCACAAGCCCCAACAAGGCCCCGCUGCUCUUUGGAUCCCCUCAGGGUGCCACAGCCGUGGUGUGUCCUGAAGAGAAGGAGCUGAUUCUCGACUCCAUGAGACGAAACUUUCGUCUGGGUCUCAAGAAUGGGGUGCACCUCAUUGCCAACCAAAAGAAUGGGGUGCUGGUCAAUGUUGAGGCCAUGACGCGAGAGGACCUCAAGCCCUCGAGUGGGCCUUUCAUCAUGUCGUCGUUGGCAAGGGUCAAGCAGCGCAAGAAUUCCGGGAUGAGCCAACGUCAUCAGAAGCACAUGAUGAAGCGACAGCAGCAGGAAAAACCCAGUUUACUGGCAGCGUUAAAGCAUCGUGAGGACGGCAUGAAGAUGCUGAAGCCCAAGAUUUCCACGUCGAAGGCAAAGAUGAAAAUGCUCAUGCCUCCUCCUCCAAAGCUGAAGAUGCAAGUGCCACUGCCAUUCAAAACCAAGGUGCAACAGACCAAAGUCAAAAUGCAAGGUACUUCAACCCUAAAAGCCAAGGUUGGUCCACCCACCUUGAAGCCAAGUACAAAGAAGGUUUCGGUCUUGUCUGCCCCCAAGUCCAUGACUCAUCCUGGCAAAAAAGUUGGAGAUGGAAAAUUGAAAUCCAAAACAUGUCCAAUAAUACUCAAACCUACAGCCAUGCCAAAGAAGAAGUCUCCCAACUCAACCACAGUGAAGCAGACCAAGGUGGGUGAUGAUGCAAAAAAGCAAGUGAAUGGUGAUGCCAAGAAGCAAGUGAAUGGCGAUGCAAAGAAGCAAGUGAAUGGUGAUGCAAAGAAGCAUGUGAAUGGUGAUGCCAAGAAGCAUGUAAAUGGUGAUACCAAGAAGCAAAUGAUCGAUGAUGGAAAGAAGCAAAUGAAUGGUGAUACAAAGAAGCAUGUAAAUGGUGCUUUCCAUGCAUCCAAAGUGAAUGGAUUGCUAAAAGUGAAGGUGAAGAUGAAGGACAAGGACAAGGACAAGGAGAAGGAAAAGGACAAGGACAAAGAGAAGGACAAGGAUAUGAAAGGCAAGGGAAGUGAAGUUGGGAAAAAGAAGCAGAUGGCUCCCAGCAGUGCCCACACCAUGAAGGAGCUGCCUGCGGCUAUGACGUCCCUGGUACCUGUGACCAGGAUGGGGCUUCAGCAUCCUAAGUGGUCCAAUGGUUGGACGUGGGAAGGAGAGCCCACAUUUGCCCCAGUCUUUCUGUCUAGUGAUGACCCACCUGUGGAGAGGAAGUGCUAUCAAGCGAUGCGGCACAUCGAAGGCGAUGUCGUCAAGGUUCGGGAUUGCAUCCUCCUCAAGUCCGGUGCUCGCAAAGGGGAUCUCCCGUACAUUGCCAAGGUGGCUGCUCUUUGGGAAAGCCCAGAUGAUGGUGAAAUGAUGCUGUCUGUGGUCUGGUACUAUCGACCAGAGCAGACCGAUCAGCCGGGCGAAUUGCCCAGCGAUGAGGUGUUCGCUUCACGUCAUCGGGAUCUUUCCGUUCCUGCCUGCAUAGAGGACAGGUGUUAUGUUCUCACCUUUAAUGAAUACUGCAGGUAUCGUCGAGCUGUACGUCAAGUGGAGAACGGGGUGACGUGGCGGGUGGAACUGGUGCCUCACGAUGGCGUGGGCUAUGCACGCCACGAACGCCUUCCGCCCGGCCACAUGGCCGCCGACAGAGUGUUCUAUUCGGAUUCAUGCACGUUGUUGGCCGACCCCAUCCGCGUGACAUUUGUCGGGUUCGGAAGUCGGCACCGGAUUCGGAAGUCGGCACCGGAUUCGGAAGUCGGCACCGCGUGUCACCCCGCCCCACAGAGGCGAGUCCCCCGCGUGGACUCGGACUCUGCUCCAUCUCUCCACUGCCUUUUCAUUCCUUCCGAGUUCCAAGUACUGCAGUAG